UGAAAAAAGUCUCUCACGCCUGGAUAUGGUCCACUGAAGUGACUCAGCCAAGGUGCAAUUAUUACAGAAGAAUCUGUUCCAAUCUCCUCCUGCAUGCUUUAUUGCCUGGGGUUUCCAUGGAGAUCCUGACAAUGACAGAGUGACUAAGGGGAAACAGGGAAAAAAGUGUCAGCACAUUUCCACACCGCUGAAUGGUCUGAUCCAUCGAUUGAUCUAUUAGUCAUCAGUCUGCAAGCUUCUUACUGGUUCUGUAGGCACUUUCAAGGCUGGACUUGGCAGUGUGCUUGAUUCUGAUAGGCUGCAGGAAGGCUGCAGUGAGCUUGCAGCUUUUGUACAGCCUUUUUUUUUUUAAUUCCAACCUCCAUCACUUUUUGCCGGCUGUGGAGGUGGAUAGCGUGGGACUGACCAAGACCAGCAGCUGCAAAGAGACGGAGAGAGAAAGAGAAAAGCUUGACUUGCAGAUUGUUAUUCAUCGCUCGUUCACAGACAGUGUGAAGAAUCUUUUUUGUCGUUUCAGUGACCACAUAACUUAUUGUUCAGCUGGUGCCAGAUUCCACAUUUUUUUUACCGGUGGGCUUUUUUUUUAUUGAUUAAGAUACAACAGAUGCUUUUGUGGCAAUGAAUUAAAAAAGUAAAGAGCUGGUGGCUUCUUGGAGCUUCUCCUGGAGAUGUAUCUGUGCAUAUAUUUGUGAUUGCUGAGGAAGCUGCAGUCUCCUGGUGUCCUCAGCUGCCCUCAUCGUUCUGACCCGCUCUCGCUUACCCGAGCAUUUGUGAAUUUGCGAGUGCGUAGAAGAUAAAGAUAGACAGAUAAACACAGAAUCAGAUUUUCUGCCAUACAAUUCCCGAAAGUUGGAUACCACACGUGUCUGUUUCUUACACCAACACGUCCACAGCAGGAAAUCCGGUUAUCUUAUUAAAGAUGCUGCCAGAAAUGUGGUCGUCCAUUCGCCAGUGGUUUUUAGGAUCGUCGCCAGCUGAGAAAAAGAAUGAGCAAAAUGUUGAAAAUCUCAUGCAAAAGGAACACAGCAUGCUGGAAGAUUCAGGUGGGGAAAAGCAGGAGAAUGGCCCCAUGCCAGCAAAGAAAACCACAGUGCUGAUACUAAUGGCACCACCUAAGGAACUUCAGCAGAAAAUUGUGAAAGCUGGUGAUAAGGACCUGGAUGGCCAGUUGGACUUUGAGGAGUUUGUCCAUUAUUUGAGGGACCACGAAAAGAAGCUACGACUCGUCUUUAAAAGUCUGGACAAGAAGAAUGAUGGUCGCAUCGAUUCACAGGAGAUCAUGCAGUCACUCCGAGACCUGGGGGUCCACAUCUCAGAGCAACAGGCUGAGAAAAUCCUCAAGAGCAUGGACAAGAAUGGGACAAUGACCAUUGACUGGAAUGAAUGGCGGGACUACCACCUGCUUCACCCUGCAGAGAACAUCCCUGAGAUCAUCCUGUACUGGAAACAUUCAACAAUAUUUGAUGUAGGAGAGAGUUUGAUGGUGCCCGAUGAGUUCACGGCAGAGGAGAAGAAAACGGGGAUGUGGUGGCGUCACCUAGUGGCUGGAGGCGGCGCUGGCGCCGUGUCGCGCACCUGUACAGCUCCCCUGGAUCGACUCAAAGUUCUCAUGCAGGUGCACUCCUCUCGCAUGAACACCAUGUGCAUUGCUAGUGGUUUCUCUCAGAUGAUCCGUGAAGGUGGUGUCCGGUCACUGUGGAGAGGCAACGGCAUCAACGUCCUCAAGAUCGCGCCCGAAUCCGCCAUCAAGUUCAUGGCCUACGAGCAGAUAAAGCGGCUGAUUGGCAGCAAUCAGGAGACACUGGGCAUUCUGGAGAGGCUGGUGGCAGGAUCUCUGGCUGGUGCCAUUGCGCAGAGCAGCAUCUACCCAAUGGAGGUUCUGAAGACUCGACUAGCCCUAGGAAAGACUGGUCAGUACUCCGGCAUAGUGGACUGCGCCAAAUACAUAUUUAAGAAAGAGGGCGUAGCAGCGUUUUACAAGGGCUACAUCCCCAACAUGCUCGGCAUCAUUCCCUACGCUGGAAUAGACCUGGCUGUCUACGAGACUCUAAAAAACUCCUGGCUACAGAGAUAUGCCACAGACAGCGCAGACCCUGGCAUGUUUGUCCUGCUAGCCUGCGGCACCAUGUCCAGCACUUGCGGCCAGUUAGCCAGUUACCCUUUAGCCCUGGUGAGGACGCGCAUGCAAGCUCAAGCAGCUACGUUGGAAGGAGCACCUCAGAUGUCCAUGAGCAAGUUGUUCAGACAUAUCGUGCGUACAGAAGGUGCGACAGGGCUCUACCGAGGCCUGGCGCCCAACUUCAUGAAGGUCAUCCCUGCAGUAAGCAUCAGCUACGUGGUGUACGAGAAUCUAAAAGUCACACUGGGUGUCCAGUCCCGGUGAGGGACUGCCAGAUCAUUUCUUUCAGAGUUUUCUUUUUUGUUGUUGUUGGGAUGCAAAAUGGACCUGGCGCUGAGGAUAGAAAGGGACAGGCAAUCUUGGGUGGCGAGACCUGAGGUUUGAGUUGAUGUUCUCAUUCUGUGAAUGCCAGAGGGACCAAGGAGGGUAGGAACAAAGAACACUAAGUCUAAACCAGAAGGUGGACACGUGUUCUUACACCCAGGAAUCGUACACCUUCUCUUUCUACAAUUCCUCGACUGUAGUAUCCUGUUUCAUUACGGACCAGGAAGAUGCUGCCGGUUGUUUGUGGUACCUUAAGGAGUCUUUAGCUGCUCGUUUGUGCUUUAUAUUAAUCCAGCAGGUGGCAGUGUUGAAUAGCCAAGGGCUUAACACACCAAAUCCUACCCUCCGUUCCAUAUAUUUAAGCACUACAUUUAUCAUCAUAGUCUUACUUAAAUUUUUAGGAUAGUUCAGGUGUUAUUCCCCACACAGGCCCUCCAGUUUCCUUCACAAACAAAAAAACUACAUAUGGAGCAGAUCUAUGAAGAGAUAAAAUUACUUUCAUUUCAUUUUGAAGCAUUUUUAUUUCAAAGCCCAUCAUGUUUGUUUUUUUUAUUAUAGUUUGUUAAUGUUAUAUAUGCUGUAAACAUCUAUUUAUUUAAUUAUAAGAAGUUAGAAAGAACAUCUAAGCAGCAGAUUUAAUACUUUAAUGUGGUUGGCUGAAAAGUCUUUUUUUUUUUUUGUUUACCUUCGUUAUCACACACUUGGUAAUUGGCUUCAGUUACAAAUCACAUUCACUAAUCUGGAUGAAGAACAGGUUUAGGUUUAAAAAAAAAGUCUCAUGUUUUAAUGUCAAUGCUGUAUUUCCUGUAUUGGGGUGGAAUAUAUCUGGGGGAAAAAUCCAUUCACCUCCUGAUGGGAAUCGAGUCCCUUCAGAUUCAAAUCAAUCGAUUCAGAAUCAAGUUGCUGUUUUGCACCUUAUGUGAUUGCUGUUGCAUUUCGUUUUCACUCAGUGUUUGUGCACAAUCAUGUCUUGUGUUCUUAAAGUGUUUUGUGAACAGAAAUGGCAUCAUUGGGGGGGGGGGAUCUCAGGAAAUAUUAAGGUUAUCUAUGGGAUGCUCACUUGAAACUUUAGACUGAAUGAUGCCACAAUGAGAGACAUUUUUAAUCCUGGAUUCAGGUUGUAAGAGGGCUGAAAGGGAAGUGCAUUGUAGAAAAAGAUGGACUAAUGCUUUGCUGCAUGGUUCAGGGGCCUUGCCUUAAUUAAAUGUUCUCGCCACUUCAAGACAUGUAGUAUCCAAUGUUGGACAAACAUUCACCUCAGAAUAUUCACCUGUCUCCAUAAGUGGACUAAACUGGAACAAUAUCCUCCCUCCCCUUUAACUACUUCUUCCUCUUGUUUGUAUGCAUGUAUGUGUGGUGUAGAAAUGUGUUUUUGAUCAAGCAGAAUACUGAACAUGGCUUUAACAACUUUGCCUUUAUAGUAGAUGCUUCUGUUGCAUUUUGCACUUUUCCCUCCCUGGAGGCAACCUGUAUGUUAGAAGUGAUUGCUUAAUUGACAGAUUGUGAGUUUUAUACAACAUUUGAAUUGAUGAUGUACUUCAGUAUUACUACCAAGACUCAUGUACAAGAAGAAACCACACCAUUAACACACUGCCUAAUGUGUAUCCUAUGUGUAGAGCCUUACGUUCAGCAGCCACUGUCUGGUAGACUUUAAUAUGUACUGCUUUUGCAAAACUGGAAAAUGUGAUAAAAAGCUGCUUUACAUCUAAGGUAGUGUAUGAGGAUGCGUUUAAACAACUGGAUAAGAUUUUUUUUGUUUUACUGCUCAAGAUGCACUAGUAUAAAUGCAGUGACUGGGCUACAUGAGUUUGCUGUUUACAAGUUGAUGUGAAGAAAAACCUUGGAUGCAAAUCUGAUUUAAAAAAAAAAAAAAAAAAAGGUGGUAAUUCUACUGCAAGGCGUAUGUGAAACUCUGGACUGUAUGUUAAUAUCUGUAUCUCAAGGCUAACAUGACCUGUGCAGAAAUGUCAAUCAAUACAAAUGUGUACUGGAGUCUGUGUUGUCCAUGACCGGAUGUCUAAAGUGAAUGAAUACAGAAUAAGUCUAUUUAUGUUUAUAUAAGAACAAAGUUCAAUAAAGAUAUUCUUAUUUCAA